CCGGGACUCUGGUCUAGCCCCCUCAGGACCACUUCUCUAUCUCAUCUCGUCUCAUCCCGAGCAUUUUGGAGAUGUGAGGAACAGACAGGGAGCAGUGACACUGAGCAACCUGUGCUGACACGACUCCUCAUCCCCAUCUUCAGCAUGAAUGGGGAUAUGCCUCAUGUUCCCAUUACCACUCUUGCUGGAAUUGCUAGCCUUACAGACUUGUUGAACCAGCUGCCAUUGCCCUCGCCUCUCCCUGCCACCACCACUAAGAGUCUCCUGUACAAUGAGAGGAUUGCUGAAGAGGUCAGCUGCCUGCUGGCAUGCCAGGAUGAGAACCUGGGGUCCCAGCUAGCACACAGCCUUAACCAGGUCUCCACUGAGAACAUAGAGUUGAAGGACAACCUUGGGAACGAUGACCCAGAGGGAGAAAUGCCAGUGUUGCUGCAAAUGGUGCUGUCCAGGAGCCCUAACAUCUUCAGGGAGAAAAGUAUGUCUGAAAAAUACAUGGUUAGAGGUAUAAUGCAGCAGGCAAGGAUGCCGCAAUACAAGCUAUCUCAGAAUCCUGGAAGCCCAGCACCUAACUAUCAGCCAAGUACUGUCUCACAUAGCCCCUCUAGUCACUUUGUUCCACCGCAGUCUGGGUCAGGAGCGCAGUUUUUGCCCCACCAAAAUAGCCCCAUAACCAGCCCCUACACACCUCAAAGCCCUGAAAACUAUAUGCAAUAUCACCCACCCAGUUAUCCUCAGCACCAACAAAUUCAGCAAGGUGAGUACUUGGCUUCUGCUAGUCCCCCAGUCCCUGGUGUGAGGAACACCCAUGACACCAAGGUUUCUGGACAUCUCUCAAACAACUCAGCCAAAAACAAUGCCAGACUGGGCUCCGACAAUGACUAUAUCAGCAUGGUCAACAAAUUGGAAAAUGAGGAUAGCGAUCCUUCCGUGAGAAAUGCCUCAUUCCCAAUUACAUCACCACAGUCUGCCUGUUCACCUGCUGGAAGUGAAGAGACCACAAAAAGGUCGCCCCCUCAUAUCUUGCAGUCCCCUUGCCCCGAUGCACCUCCUGAUCUGCUCCUGGUCUCGACAGACUUAAAAAAAAAACGGAAAAGGCUUAACAAAGAGGAAACUGAGCAGAUGGACAGCGACGCCUUGGAUGACGUUGUUUACUCUCCAUCUAAAGACUCUACCAAGCUGACCUUGAAACUGUCCCAGGUCAAGUCUUCAGAGAUUGAUCAGUCUGGACUGAUCCCUCCUAGGACAGAUAAUGGCUCAGACCAGGAUAAUGAUUUGAUCUGCAUUAAACAAUUGUCUAGGACUGUUCUGGAUCCUUCACACAAGUUAAGUGCUGGGGAGCAGACAGGCUGGCAGCAAGAUUCUGUUCUCCAAAAUACACAGCAGGCAGGGAUCAUCAAUGGAGUCAUGCAUGAUGAUGCAGAGCUGAACGCUCUUACAGAGUUUGAGAGAAUAGAACGUGAUUCAACCAACGAGAGGGAACGAUGCUCUAAAGUUCAGGAUAAAGACAAGCCACUGAAGAAACGGAAGCAAGACUCGUAUCCUCAGGAACCUGGUGUUGGAGGUACAGCUUGGUCCAAUGGUGGACCUAAUGUAGAAGGGGGUAACGUUGGCAUCAAGUUGACACCUUCAGAAGAUAGUUCUGAGAGUAAUGAUGCCAGCCGACCAACUCUAAUGGUCAGCAUUGAUCUUCGGCAAGCCGGCAGAGGUAAAGGACAGCCGGAUGUGGCCCUGGAAAUCAAGCAUUUGUGUGAGGACCACUUACGGCUGAAGUCUAAAACAGAUAAGAUUAUACAAAGCAGAUCCAGUAUGAUCAAACCACACACCGAUAGCUCCAGAAAACUUUGUCCUGAUGGCAGACGAGAAACCUUGAAGCACAAGCAUGAACACAGGCGGGACUCUAAGCACCAACAUAAUGAAAAAGCUGACAGUAGCAAGGGACACAGAGAUGGCCGGGGUUCUGAUGUACCAGACCAAAAGCCUGAAGGGCGCUGUGAUUCUGGUCACAGAGAAGAAAAGCACCAAGACAAUGACCCUUCUCGCAUCUGCCACAUUAAAACUCCAAAAUCCUCUAGCAAGCCGGAGAGAGACAGUAAAUACAAACAAGAUAAGGAAAGGGACAAAGAAAAGGGAAAAGACAGAGACAAAGACAGGAACAAGGAGAGGAAACACAGGACUGAAUCUGGAGAAAAACGGAACAGGCACUCUACUGACCAGCGCUCUAAACUUGACAUCCCUAGGAUAAUGCAGGAGAGACGAGGAUUAGCAGACCCCAGUGGUCGUCACAGAACAGACUGUUCCAGCUUCCAUUCUUCCAGAGGGAAGAACGAGAAGCGGUCUAGGGAUGUCAGUCAGAAUCGCCAGGAUGGAAACAAUCAGCAGUCUUUUGAGUCCAAACAUAGUGAUUUCCCCUUGUACUUACUAGGAGGCAAAUCUGGAAGUUUGAAGAACUUUGUGAUUCCUAAACUAAAGAGGGAUGGGAGGGACAAGGGUCAACAGCCUGGCAAAGAGGUCACACAGGGCUUGAGCCAGCCUCAGGUCAAACUGGAGAGAAUUUCUUUGAAAGACAAUUUGGGGAAAGCUGCAAAGCCUGUUCUGAUGCUUCAGAAACUCACUGUUGAUGAUGUAAAGAAGAUCAUUGGGGAGAAUAAGGACAAGAAUGCACACAGCUCCAAGUCCAGGAACUGGUCCUCCUCUGACAAAUCAGGUAGAGAAUCUUCCAUACCACUAUGUGAAAGUGUGAAAAUGAACAAGCGCAAACGUAGUGUAGUCAGCGAUGGAACCAAGUAUGCUGAGGUGGACUCCAAUGGAGGUGAAGGCAAUUCUGUGACUGAAUCUUCACAGAAAAGGCACAAGAAGGACAGGGACAAGGCACGGGAGCAAGAGGAGAGAAGAAGCUCUAGAGAACAUUGUCAAAGUGGAGAAUUUCAUGAGGGUCGCCAGGGGUCCAGAAACCACUACCAUGAACGCAGCCCAGAAGACUCGGACAAUGGCUCUCCAUCACCAAGUAUGAGAGAUAUUGUCAAAAAGAUAAAGAAGAAGGAGAAACAGAAAAAGCGAAAGGAGCAUGAAUCAAAGUCCACACCAGAGGAGCUAAAGGAGUCCUCAUCAUUUAAAAGAUUCUCAGCAAGUUUGGACAAAAUUCUGGAGAAACUUGAGGAUGCGGACUUCACUGCCAUAGAUGAUGAUGAGAUACCUCAGGAACUUCUGCUUGGGAAGCACCAGUUGAGUGAGCUAGGCAGCAAGUCAGCUAAGAUUAAAGUCAUGGGUAUUGCUUAUAGGCUUCCAUCAGACAAGCUAGUGAAACUGUUGAACAUCCUGGAGAAAAACAUUAAGGAUGGGGCCAAACUUGCCACAUUAAUGAACCCUGAUAAUGGUGCAAUGGAUGAAGAGCGGUUGUGGCGUGACCUUAUUAUGGAGCGAGUGACAAAGUCUGCUGAUGCCUGUCUGACCUCUCUCAAUAUUAUGACAUCACGCAGCAUGCCCAAGGCAGUUUACAUAGAGGACGUGAUUGAGAGGGUGGUGCAUUACACCAAAUUCCAUCUGCAAAACACUCUCUACCCUCAAUAUGACCCUGUCUACAGAGUAGAUCCUCAUGGAGGUGGCAUGGUCAGCUCAAAGACCAAGAGGGCAAAGUGUUCCUUACAUAAACCGAAGGAGAUAGUCAUGUUAUACAACAAAGUGUGUGACAUUGUCAGCAACAUCUCAGAGCUCCUGGAGAUCCAGCUGUUAACUGACACCACAAUCCUCCAGGUGUCCUCCUUGGGUAUCACACCAUUUUUUGUGGAGAAUGUCAGUGAAUUGCAGUUGCGUGCUAUCAAACUAGUGGCAGCAGUGUUCUCUCGUUAUGAGAAGCACAGACAGCUCAUUCUUGAGGAGAUCUUUGCCUCUCUGGACAGACUGCCCACUAGCAAGCGAAACCUCAGGAACUUCAGACUAAACAGUGUUGAUGCAGAUGGAGAGCCCUUACAUAUCCAAAUGGUCACAGCUUUGGUUCUUCAGCUCAUUCAGUGUGUUGUGCGCCUCCCCGCUGACAAGGACACAGAAAAUGAGAAUGACAAGAAGGUGGAUCGGGGUGUCUACAUCACAAACUCCUAUGAGACUGCCAUGAGGACAGCUCAGAACUUCCUAUCCGUUUUUCUGAAGAAGUGUGGUAGUAAGCAAGGAAAGGAAGACUACCGCCCACUUUUUGAGAACUUUAUACAAGACCUGCUGUCUACGGUGAACAAGCCUGAGUGGCCCGCAGCUGAAUUACUGCUUAGUUUACUUGGCCGUUUGUUGGUACACCAGUUCAGUAACAAGCAGACAGAGAUGGCCCUCAGGGUGGUAUCUCUAGACUACCUCGGUACUGUUACUUCCCGUCUGCGUAAAGAUGCGGUCACCAGCAAAAUGGACCAAAAAUCCAUUGACCGCAUACUCAGUGAGAAUCCAGGGAAUGAUGAAACACAGCAACUUCAGAAGGCUUUGCUGGCCUAUCUGGAUAAGAACAUGGAGAUCGACCCAUCUCUAGGGUUUGCUAGGAAGUUUUACAUUGCUCAGUGGUUCAGGGACACUGCAGCUGAAACAGAAAAAAACAUCAGGUCUCAAACCCAAAAAGAUAAGGACCUGUCGGUGGACUGGCAUCAUGCCGAUGAUGUUGAAACUACUGGUGAAAUUAUGCGCAGGGAUGAGGCACGAAAGAAGUUCCUACACAAAGUCAUCAAGACUGCACCAUUACAACUCAAUGGCCUGAGGGUGAAUUCUGACACUGUCGACUAUGAGGACUCCUGUCUCAUUGUCCGAUAUCUGGCCUCUAUGAGGCCUUUUGCACAAUGCUUUGACAUUUAUUUAACACAGAUCCUGAGAGUGUUGGGUGAGAGUGCUAUUGCAGUUCGUACUAAAGCCAUUAAGUGUCUGUCUGAGGUAGUUGCUGUAGACCCAAGUAUUCUUGCACGGCUGGACAUGCAGCGCGGGGUUCAUGGCCGCCUCAUGGACAGCUCAUCUAGUGUGAGAGAGGCAGCUGUGGAUCUACUAGGUCGCUUCGUCCUGAGUCGACCUCAACUCACUGAGCAGUACUACGACAUGCUUAUCGAAAGGAUAUUGGAUACAGGUAUUAGUGUAAGGAAGAGGGUCAUCAAAAUCCUAAGGGAUAUCUGCCUGGAGCAGCCCGGCUUCCACAAAAUCACAGAGAUAUGUGUAAAGAUGAUCCGAAGGGUCAGCGAUGAGGAGGGAAUCAAGAAACUGGUAAAUGAGACUUUCCAGAAACUCUGGUUCACCCCAACACCCAGUCAUGAUAAAGAUGCCAUGACCAGAAAGAUUCUCAACAUCACAGAUGUGGUGUCUGCAUGCAAAGAUACAGGCUAUGACUGGUUUGAGCAGCUUCUCCAAAAUCUGCUUAAGUCAGAGGACGACGCUUCUUAUAAACCAGCCAAGAAGGCCUGUAUUCAGUUGGUGGACACUCUUGUGGCUGACAUACUCACAGAUGAGGAUUCUCUCACAGACUGUGAGACGAAAGGGAUCAACUCUGAUCGUAUAGUGGCGUGCAUCACCACCCUUUACCUGUUUAGCAAGAUCAGCGCUCAUUUUAUGGUCAAACAUGCCAUGACUGUGCAGCCUUACCUGACCAGGAAGUGUAGUAAUGACUUCAUGGUGAUAUGUAAUGUUGCAAAGAUCUUGGAGCUGGUAGUGCCCCUGAUGGAACAUCCAAGUGAGACUUUCCUCACCUCUCUCGAAGAAGACCUCAUGAAGCUCAUUAUCAAAUCUGGCAUGGCGGUUGUUCAACACUGUGUAAGCUGUCUUGGUGCUGUUGUGAACAAGGUCACACAAAAUUACAAGUUGGUUUGGAGUUGUUUCAAUUGCUACUGUGGUGCUCUGACAAAUCUCAAGAUCCAGAUCCAAGAGAACCCAAGCAGCUCUGCUCUGACUGCAAAUAAACCCGCUCUGCUGCGUUCACUCUUUACUGUGGGGGCUCUCUGUCGUUACUUUGAUUUUGACCAAGAGAAGUUCAAGGGCAAUAUUAAGGUGGUCGUUAAGGAUAAAGUGUUGGAGCUUCUGCUGUUCUUUACCACACAUGAAGAUGAGGAGGUUCAGAUCAAAGCUCUCAUUGGUCUAGGCUUCCAGUUCAUCAUGCACCCAGCUCUGAUGUUUGUACAAGACAUAAAAACUCUCUACAAUGGCAUCCUAUCAGAGAGCAAGAGUUUGGUUACACUGAAGGUCCAGGUGCUAAAGAACCUUCAAAAUUACCUACAGGAGGAGGACUCACGAAUGCAGGAGGCAGACCGCGAGUGGAAGAACACCUCAAAGCAAGAAGAUCUGAAAGAGAUGGGAGAUAUUACAUCAGGCAUGAGCAGCUCCAUUAUUCAGCUGUACUUGAAGCAGGUGCUGGAGGCCUUUUUCCACGCACAGUCCACAGUUAGGCACUUUGCCCUGAGUGUUGUUACACUGACACUUAAACAAGGCCUUAUCCAUCCUGUACAGUGUGUGCCCUACUUGAUUGCCAUGGGAACAGACCCUGAGCCCACUAUGAGGAAUGUGGCUGAUCAACAGCUUUUGGAAAUUGAUAAGAAAUACACAGGCUUCAUCCACAUGAAAGCUGUAGCAGGGUUGAAGAUGUCUUACCAGGUGCAGCAGGCCAUCACUGGAUCCAAAGAUACAGUCAUCCGAGGUUACCGUCAAGAUGAGACAACCUUGGCUCUAUGCUCUCAUCUCUUCACCAUGGUCCGUGGGAAUCGACAACACAGACGUGCUUUUCUUAUCUCACUGCUCAACCUGUUUGAUGACAGUUCUAAGACGGAGCUGGACAUGCUGCUGUUCAUUGCGGACAACCUUGCCUGUUUUCCCUACCAGUGCCAUGAGGAACCUCUUUUCAUCAUGCAUCAUGUAGACAUCAGGCUGUCUGUCUCUGGUACCAAUCUGUUACAGUCUUUCAAAGAGUCAUUACACAAAGAGCCAGUUCGGCAGAAGAAGAAAAAGUCACCUCGAGAAAGGAAGCAUUGCUCUGAGGAUGAGCAGGAAAGUAGCACGUCUGACAGUAGUGAUGGGGAUGAUGAGGUGGUCCAAAGGCGAAAGAAGCCCUCACAGCAUAUGGAGUCUGACUCUGACUCUGACAUGGAAGAUGUGGAAAAGGUGAUGGAGCGUCUGCCUGAUAACCCUAUUCCUUUACGAGACUUUGCAAAUGCGUCCCAAGGAAUCCUGCUGCUGGUGGUCCUGAAACAGCAUCUCAAGAGCCUCUAUGGUUUCUCAGAAAGUAAAAUCCAGAAGUAUUCGCCGACAGAGUCAGCCAAGGUGUAUGACAAGGCAUUGAACAGGAAAUCUAAUGUGCACUUCAACCCUCAGCAAACACUGGACUUCCUAAACAGUGAUCUGGCCGGAUCCAAUCUCAGCCGCGAAAUCAAGAGGAGUAUUGUCAAACAGUACUUAAAUUUCAAGUUACUGAUAGAACAUUUGGAUCCUGAUGAAGAAGAUGAGGAGGUAGAAGAAGGUUCCAAUGCUAGAAACAAAGCCAUUUCUUCACUAUUGGGUGACCCCAACUCCCAGAACCAUAAUCCUCACCCCCAAACUGCUCCAGAGAAGUCAGACGAGGAGGAGAGUGAUGAUGAGGAAAAACCAGGGCGGCUAUCAAAGAAAGUUGGAGAGUCUGCUGAGGCUUUGGGUCACAUGGAUGAGAAGGUAGAGGCCAUGGACAUCAUUGCUAUUUGCUGUCCUAAAUACAAAGACCGCCCACAGAUUGCAAAGGUUAUCAAGAAGACCAGCACUGGCUACCGUGUGCACUGGAUGGCUGGCUCUUACUCUGGGUCUUGGGCUGAGACCAAGAAACGUGACGGUCGCAAACUGGUGCCUUGGGUGGACACUAUCAAGGAGUCAGACAUUAUUUGCAAGAAAAUAUCCUUGACAAGUGGACACAAGCUUACAAACAGGGUGGUCGCAACUUUACGAGCACUUUAUGCUUCCAAGGAGGGGACCACCCACUGACAGCUGUUGGUGAUAUUGGGUGGGUGGGCUAACAAAGGAUACACAUUAUACCCAUCAAUAGUUCACGCUGCAGCAACAGUGGCAUCACAUCGGAGAUACCAAGUUACAGCAAUGACACUACUCACUCUGUAUCUCUCUUUCUCUGUCUCUGUCUCUCUCUUGCUUUCUUCUCUCUCUCUCUCUCUCUCUCUCUCUCUCUCUCUCUCUCUCUCUCGCUCUCUCUCUCUCUCACACAUACACACACACACACACACACACACACACACACACACACACACACACACACACACACACACACACACACACACACAGGUUUCCUAAUAAUUUUGGAUAAAUGUUUCAAAUCCACAGUUCUUGUUGGGUCCAAGCCGUGUCUCCUCCACAAAGCAAGCAUGGGAAACAGAAGUGAAUUCUUAGCUACACUUGCUGUGAGCCAGUUCUUUCAUUGAAACCAAGUAACAUGAACUUACGAUUUUGUCGUUUGUCCUUUUGUGUUAUUUGAACGUCAUUUGGAUGAUAUGUCCCCCAGUCUCACUUCCAGAUUUUCCUCCAAAGACAUCGAAGAAAAUGAUUGAUAUAUUAAAUAAUCCACCUUGUUCAUGCUAACACCCGCGCUCACUUUCCCCUCCCCACUCACACAAGUAGCAGCUCACUGUCUGUACCGUUACUCUGUACAUCCAUUGUCAUUUGUUGAAAUUCAGCGGCCUGAAGGCUGAAUGAAUCUAGCCCAAAAGAUCAGCAAAUCAAAGGGGCGUGCCAUGACGCCUGUCACUCUGUACGUCUGCUGUCAUUUGUGAAACGUCAGCGGCCUGAGGGCUGUGUUUGGGCUGUAAAAAAUAAGCCGAUUUAGAUAUUUCCUGUCACUGUGUUUUUCUUGUGACUAUUUGGUGCUGUUGCUUUUCUAGGUUCCACCAAAAUUUAAAACAAUCUGUUCUUUUUUUUGGGGGGGGGGGGCAUUCUCUGCUUUAAUUUGAUAACAGUAGUCGAAAGAGAGAUGGGAAUGGCAGGGAAGAGAGAGGGGUGACAUGUAGCAAAGGUCAUGGGCCGGAUUAGAACCCAGGCCGCUACGGUAAGGACUCAGCUUUAUGUGGUAUGUGCUCGGGUGAGCCACCAGAGCGCCCCCUAAAGUUUUUUUUAACAAUAAUAUUUCUCAUGGUUAUUGUAGAAGAUAGGGAGGGCUUAGCCCUGUCAGUCUAUUUAUACCAUGCGUCCUUUGGACCACCAGUUAAUUAAUCCAAGAUACUCAGACUUUUUGAUUUCAGAGUCAAACUCUACGUGGACUUAAUAUUUUCUAAAGAGAAAAUAUGAACCUUGCUAGGAUAAGAGAUGUAAGGACCUAGCAGAGGAGCGUUGUGAUCGCUUAUCUUUGGAAUAAAAUCCAGGAUGUGUUAAGUUUAUAGGAAAAGCAAACACGUUUAGGAAAAUGUUUAGAAAACGUGGGAGCUCAUUCGCUGGUGUGCAGCAACUUGGUCUUCUGAUUUUUACUCCCAAUGUAUUGUGUUAUAACUACAAUCAAAUGUUUAUAUAUCUGAAAAAAAUCUGUAAAAAACAGUAAAUGUGGGGCGACCCGGUGGCUCACCUGGUAGAGCGUGUACCACAUAAGGCUGAGUCCCGGGUUUGAAUCCGGCCCGGGCCCUUUGCUGCAUGUCUCCCAUGCCUUUCCUGUCUCUCUCUCUCUACUAUAACUAUCCAAUAAAGGGGGAAAAAUGCCAAAAAAUAAUCUUAAAAAAAACAGUUAAUGUUGGAAAUUAGUCUGAUGUUGUUAAUAAAGUGUUCAUGGAGUUUAACCUAGCACCGAAUAUUACUUUAGCUUGACUCACUUCCAGCAAUUUUGAAAUGUUUCGUUCAUUUCACUUUAAUUUUGUUUACCAACACUGUUUAAUGGUGUCUGUUUGAUGUAACUUAUUCUGCUAAAAAUAAUGCAAUAUCUGUGCCUAUAUGCAGGGGAACAUAUUUUGUUUUAUCUGUAGAUUUUUAUGUAAUAGUUAACCAAGAAAGAGAGAAAGAAUCCCCAGCACUUUGUGCGGAGC